GCUUCAGGCAACAAAGUGUUUUAUACCGUAUACAAAUUUAAAAAAAAAUUGUACUCCACAAACUUGAAAGUAUGUUUGCUGUUGUUAUAUUUGUUUUAAUUUGUGCGCAUGCUGUUCAUCCUUCGACAGUGAUAUCCGGGCAUGCCAUAACAAAGCGUGGAUCAGGUACAGAUAAUGCAGCUGCAGGAGCUGCUGUAGCCGGAGAUAUAAUACCAGCUAUCGAUGGUGUUAUAGUUGCAGGGCCACUCUCGGCAGAGCGCGGAUCAGAUCCGGAGCAUGCCUUAACAAACCACGGAUCAGAUAAGGAUAAUUCAGCUGCAGGAGCUGCUAUAGUCGAAGGUGUAAUACUAGCUACCGGUGGUGUUAUAGCCGCAGGGCCACUCUCAGUAGAGCGCGGAUCAGAUACGGAUCAUGCCUUAACAAACCACGGAUCAGAUAAGGAUAAUGCAGCUGCAGAAGUUGCUAUAGCCGAAGGUGUAAUACUAGCUACCGGUGGUGUUAUAGCCGCAGGACCACUCUCAGCAGAGCGCGGAUCAGAUACGGAUCAUGCCUUAACAAACCACAGAUCAGAUAAGGAUAAUGCAGCUGCAGAAGUUGCUAUAGCCAGAGAUUUAAUAGCAGCUACCGGUGGUAUUAUAGACGAAGGAUCACUCACGGUAGAGCGUGAUUCAGAUACGGAGCAUGCCUUAACAAAGCGCGGAUCAGGUACAGAUCAUGCAGCUGGAGGGGCUGCUGCAGCCGGAGAUGUAAUAGCAACUACUGGUGGUGUUAUAGCCGCAGGAUCACUCGCGACAGGCCCAUUAGCACCAAUAGUGGCAGGAGUUGGAGGUGUAACUGCUGCCAUUGGAGGUUUGGUAUCAAUAAUUUCGAGAGCAGCCGAUCAGUCAUGUCGUGAUUAUGGUUGUCACAAAAACUACUGUUGGUCAUAUUGCAGCUUGGGAAAUCAAUGGUGCUAUACAACCAAAUCUUAUUCUCAAAGUUUUGAAUAUGUUAGUUGUACAAGUAAUGACGAAUGCAAUGGAUGCUGGAAAUGCGCAGGUUCGUGCACGCUAUAAAAAAUUUAACAAGAACUUGGUAUGUUUUCAUUUAUCAAUCAUAUCAUUUAUGUUAAAUAAAUUAAAAAAAUAAAUCUGUUUAUAUUAAAACUUUUUUAAUAAAAAAAAAAUAAUUCAUGAUUAUAGACAUUUAUUUUGUUGUAUAAUAUAUUUUAACAAUUUAUAUAUUACGUCAAUCAAUUGUAAAGAUUAAUGCCCAGUAAAAUAAAUGUAAACAAAUAUAUUUGUAUAUAUGUGUGUGUUCGCAUGUACAUAUACGCUAGGUAUACAAAUAAAUAAAUUAAGUUAAAUAUGUACGUUUGUAUAUUAUAUAUUCAUCAUUCGAAAAUUACGUAAAUAUAUCUUAAAAAGCUCCUUCACCCACCCCCGAUAUCGGUUUGAAUUCGAAUUUUUUUUAGGAAUAUAUCCAUUAAUUAAUAAAUAAUUUAUUUAUUAUAUAUUAAUUAAUUAAUAUAUGUUUAUAAUAAAUAAUUGCAUCAAAUAAACUAAUGUUAAUUAAUUCACUAGUAUAAAUCGUAUCUUAAUAAUCUUUCCAUAGUGUAUGUACCUAUAUACUAUGUCGUUAAUAAUAAAUAUAUUAUUAUAUUAUUAUGUUUAGUAAUAUAUGAUUCACGAUAUGUAUAGUGAAAUCGAUCAAUAAUUUUACUGAAAUAUAUUAUGUUUCACGUAUAAAGUAUAAAAUAUUUUAUGUAUGAAUGUUCAGCAUUAUGUGAUACGUAAAUACAAUAAUUUUAUUGAAUAAUA